AUACGGUACAGAGUCUAAGCGGCACGCGCCGAGGGAAAACCUUCCACCAUUGUUUAUGGUUACCAUGAAAACGUGAAGCUGGCGUUGGUCAGUGUCUGAACAUAUUAAUUUUAUGUAUCUCCGUCAUACCCGAGAUUUCUUUCACAAGAUCAGCACGAUUUCAACAUGAAGCGAUCUUCUUACUACGAUACUGGCGCAGAUUCGAGAGAUCCUUACCAAUCGAGUGAGAGCGAGGAUUACCCCCAGCCCUCGUAUCGUGGAGGAAACAGAAUGGCCGUCUCUAAACCCCACCAGAAGAGGAUCCGGCAGCAGAAUGGUUACAAUGAGUACCGCUACGAGCGCUAUGAGAGCUAUCCACCUAGCCUCCUGGACCGUGAACAGCACAGCAAGGCCAUCAGGGUAAAAUUCUUCAAAAACCGAGACGCUCUGCACAAAGGUAUCGUUUUGUCCAUCAGCGAGAAAAUGUUUCCCUCCCUGGAUAGCCUGAUGAACCAUCUGAAUAACAAGAUAGAUACUCCUCAGGGCGUCAUGUACAUCUUCAGACUUGAAGACGGGAAGCUGAUCCAAAAUGUCAAGGAAUUUCAGCCAGGGGACGAGUGCGUGGUAUCCAGCACGCUAAAAAUUGACCGGAGAAUACAGUACGGUCAGAUAUCCGGCCCUCCCUCCCCCACCAAGCGUGGUCUGCCUAUCCAGCGGAGUCAGGGGUCUUCCAGAGAACACGUACUCAGAGGGAGUCACACCGGCGGGAUGAAUAGAUCUCCAAACCAAGCCAAGAGCAAACCCUUGACGUUUACCGUCAUCAACAACACCAUGAGGUCUGUACAGGAUAAAAUGAUCAUCAACCCCCACACAGAGCAGUCCUUCGAGCAAAUGCUGGCUGACAUGGGGGAGGUGGUCAACAUGUUGGACAACCCAGCAACAGCAUUGUAUUGUGCCGUCCCACCAUACACCAAGAUCGAGAGUUUUUCAAAUCUUCGCCAUGAGCUCGUUGUGAAAAAGGUGGACAGCUUUUUCGUUGUUGGGGGCGAGGGUGCCCCAAAAGAAUUACGACAGAAAAAAGUCCCUGUUCGCGAACCGACCCCGCCCCCAGAAGAUGACAUGGAUUACUAUGAGGAACCACCUCACCAUCAGACCUACAGGGAACCAUCUCCACAGCGACAAAAGGAGCGGGGCAAAUGGAAGCCUGCUAAAGAGCCCCAACGGAAACUUCAAAACAACCGACCGAAUCAAAAUGGCUACAAUGAUGACAAAAAUCAAAAUGGCUUCGUGGAUGACAGGACCCAGCCUCGCCAUCGUGGAAAUCAAAAAAGCAACAAUGUUACAAAUAAACCAACAGCUCAGUCCCAGAAAGUAAACACAAGCCGAGAAGACCGCGGACCAAACAACAGGUCCCAGGAUUUGAGGAGAUCCAAUGACUCGCUGGCGUCCAAACCAGCACGCGAGGCUCGACACAACCAACAUGAAAAGGAACCCCCUAAACACAGAAACCAGCGAAGUGACACCCAGGACAGCAACAGAUACCCGGCAAAAUCCCAACCCGCGCGACAACCACAGAAACAGUCCAAUUUCGAGGAAGAGAGAGACAUGGAGGUUGAUGAAGGCGAGGAGGAGAUGCAGCAUAAUGGCUAUCACGAUGAAGUAGAUAACCGAGAUGAUGCGUAUGCAGACGACAACGGUGAGGAGACAGAAGACGAGUAUGAUGACGAACCGCCCCAACAGCGCGCGGCGAGGAAAGGACCCCGGAUGGAAACCCCCGAAUGCUAGAAGCAAUUGUCGUCUGCUCACCUCUGUGAUACGGGUGCUUGAAAUUCAUAUCUUCUAUGGUAACGGAUUACUACCAGCAAUUGUGAAAGGAUCUUUGUUUUCACAUAAGAAAUGAAUUUCGUAAAAAAAGAAAGAAAUACUUGGUGAUAAUUGUUACUCUUUAAUUUAUCAGCGUAGAUUUUAGAUUUUAUUAAUUUAACAUAUGAUAUACUCACUGACGUAUUUUUUUUUAUCCUUAUCGUUAAUACAUCUGGAUAAAAUACAACCGAGAUACUAGCUUUACAUUACCUACAUCAAAGAAAAGAAUCAAUUGAUGAACGUGUUCCAAAGGUACUUACAUUACUUCAUAUUGCAAUCAUUUGUAAUAUGACCAUAUGUAUAUUGUAUAUAGUCUCUACCCUUUGUUGAUAAAUGUUUAUAAAGAACAAUAAAGUUAUUGUUAUUA